CAGUUUGUCAAAUAAUUUCCUAAACAAUCCGAGCACCCGUCCAGCUGUAAGAAUCGUCGCCUCGCAUUCGAUAGGAAAAAUCCGUGUUUUGGAACCAAAUUCAAUCUCUCCAGUCUUUGUGGGACUAUCGUUGAAGAUGAGGCAACAGUUGGUUUGCACAGCGUAAGCGUGAAACUAGUGUUCCCCGGGCCAGCGCCAACGAAAUCAACGUUCUGUCUCAUAAUGCGGUUCCCGACCUUCCUCAAAUCGUUGCUGCUCGGUGUUCCGGUCGGUGUGACCCUGCUCGACUGCGUCGGCUAUGUGGCUCGGGUCGAGGGUGUGUCGAUGCAGCCGGCCCUCAAUCCGGACGCGACCGUGACCGACUAUGUGUUCCUGUCGCGCUGGGCCGUCCGGAAUAUGGACGUGCAGCGGGGCGACAUUAUUUCGCUCAUCUCGCCGAAGGAUCCGACCCAGAAGAUUAUCAAGCGCGUCGUCGCUCUGCAGGGAGAUGUGAUCUCCACCCUAGGCUAUAAGCUGCCAUACGUUACCGUCCCGGAAGGGCAUUGCUGGGUUGAAGGGGAUCAUACAGGUAAUUCACUAGAUAGCAACACGUUCGGCCCCGUUUCGUUGGGACUGGUUACUGCCCGGGCAACACAGAUCGUUUGGCCACCAUCUCGCUGGCAACAGUUACCCUCUACCGUGCCGAAAACGAGAGUACCGAUCGCGAUGGGUAAACGGUCUACUAGUCCCGGUAGCACAAAGGCCGCAAACAACCAUACUGUUAGUAAUAGUAGCAGCAGCAGCAGCAACUCUUCUUCACCUUUGGUUCAUCCCAUCGAAGAAGUGCAUCGACUGAAUUGAUAGAGAAAUGUGUCUGAAGUUUUCUUUUGUAUAGAAAAAAAAGUCUUUAUCCUAGGUAAUUGCCCAAUCUCUUAGUUUCAACCAAAUCCAACUGCUUACUACUGUAGUUCAGACUGGUUAUGUCUGUCUCUUUAUGAAACAAAAUACACAGUCAAAGGAGUGAUACAAACACCACGGCGGCA